AUGCCUGUCGUGCAUGAGAAACUCCCUCCCAACUUGGUCAAAAGUGGACGGCUUUUGGCACUCAUGCAACACAGAUUUUUGCAUGCUUCGGAUUUAGCAUCACAAGUUAUUGUCUUCCAGACCCAGACAUAUUUGCAAUGCAUAUUGGCAAGAGCUUCCUUGCUGGACGGAAAUCCAGGUUGUAGCAAGCAACUCCCGAAGCAGGUGGUCGUAGCAAGCACCAGCUUAUCCUGUGCAAAAGUAUCGUACUCGUAGUAAUUGCAGUCAUGCAUUGCAAAUCUUCUUCUUAAGGUAAAUCCGCAUUACAAAUUUCAUUUCUCAUGCUAAGGAAAUUUGUAAUGCAUUUAUACGAGUGCGAUACUUUUGCAAUUCAUACAGCUGCACCACCUCUUCGUAGCUAGAGCCUGGACGUCGAAUAUCCAAACUAGGUACAGCUACACCUACGCUGGACGAGGAGGGUGAUUUUACCACCUCUACUUCGCGAACAAAAUUUUUGCACCACUACAAGGACGAGGAACGGCCUGGUUUUAUUUCUUUUUGGAAGUAAGUAGUAGAGAUCAUUGAUCAUUUUUGAUGAAACAAAUCUACUUCAGCGUGGUUCCAUUGAAACCAAGCUCUUUACUCUCUGAGGAAGCAUUUUUAUUUCCUUUGUCCUGUAGCUGGACGAAAAUUGUAGCUGUGGCUGAGGUCCAAGAAACCGCUUUUUUUGAAGCUGUCCCCACCGUGUAAGAUUCCGUGUAAGAUUAUCAAAGCUCGCUGUCCGCCGUGUAUGAUUGAAAAACUUAGAAGGCAGCAGCCCAUCAUCUUGAAGUAGACCCUCAGCGGUGGAGAGCUUUCUGAUGAAACAUUUCUGUGCCGAUGUUCUUCGCGCCACAAGCGCGACCUGUGUUCCACUUCAACAGGAUCUUCUUCUCACAAGGAGCUCAAAAAGACCUUGUAGUACUAGUGCCAGCACCACCGGCACUUAGUCCGUAUCAAACCAGAAUGAGAAGUACUAGAUCUUUCGCUUUUAAAGCUGCACUGCUCGUCUUUUACUCGUAUUCUUGACGAUCAUUCAUUUACUGCGCUCUAGUACAACCCGUGUUCAAACAUAAGUACAAGCGGCCAACGUUC